AUGAGCUCGUACUUCGUGAACCCGCUCUUCCCCAAGUACAAAAGCUCCGAGUCCCUCGAGCCCGGCUACUACGAGUGCCGCUUCCCGGGGGCCGUGGGGCGCAGCCCGGCCGUGCUGUACCCGCCAGGAGCCGCUCCGAGCUUCCAGCCCCCAUCUCACCACGUCCAGGAUUUCUUCCACCACCCUUCCGCCUCCAUCUCCAACUCGGGCUACCAGAACAACGCCCCGUGUGCCCUCGCUUGCCACGGUGGCGACGCCUCCAAGUUCUACGGCUACGAGGCGCUGCCGCGGCAGGCGCUGUACGGGGCGCAGCAGGACGCGGGGCACUACGCGGAUUGCAAAUCGUCCUCCCAAUCAUCCUCAUCCUCCGCGGCCGCGCUCGGAGCGGCCCCCGGGGGCGCCGAGGGGCAGGGGCACCUCGGGCAGAGCGCGUCCCCCAGCUUGAUGUUCCCGUGGAUGAGGCCGCACGCCCCAGGCAGACGCAGCGGCCGCCAGACGUACAGCCGGUACCAGACCCUGGAGCUGGAGAAGGAAUUCCUGUUUAACCCUUACCUGACCCGCAAGCGCCGCAUCGAGGUGUCGCACGCGCUGGGGCUCAGCGAGCGCCAGGUGAAGAUUUGGUUCCAGAACCGGCGCAUGAAGUGGAAAAAGGAAAACAACAAAGACAAACUGCCCGGAACCGGCCGGGACGGGGAGAAAACCGAGGAGGAGAACAACGAGGAGGAGGAGAAGGAGGAGGAGGACAAGGACGAGAGCAAGGACUGA